AUGAUGCUCGACGAGUCUCUAGAGCAAUCAGAACCCACUGGGCUACGAAACAAGGAAAAAUGGAAGAUUAACUGGCGCUUGCUCGAGUCACUUGACGAUCAACGGGACUACAGAGAGAAGGUCAACGAACUGUUGGAGAAAGAGAAAAACAAGGAAAAAAAGGAAUUUUACUUAGCUGUUAAGAGGAAAACCCUAAAAGUUUUCUCUAUUGAUUGGAUGCAAAACCAACAGCAACUUGUGAAAGAGCUGGUGAAAGUCAUGCGGUGGAGCGUGACUCGAUUUCAUUUGGUGGUGCUCUUCACUAAUCUUUCAGCAGGACUUCUGAACUCUCAACUGAUUUUUGCCAUUUUUUCCAACUACUCACCGAAAUGGCAAUGUGGGUUUGCUAAUUCAUGGCAGACACUGCAUCUAGUACGUUUUCUACUGGGACUUUGUAUCGGCGGCUGUUUAGUCACUGUGGGUACUUUCAUCACCGAACUUCUGCUCCCGGAGCAGCGGAUGCUACUUCGUGGAGUAUUCAACUGGGGAGUAGUUCGACUUAUCCUAACUAUAGUCUGCAUGUUGGUUCCGGAAUGGAGAUCAGCCAGUAUCGUAACCGCUAUGUUUGUUCCUCCGGCAAUUGUCAUCAUCAUGUUCAUUUUCCCAGAGAGUCCCAUAUGGCUUCACAGCAAGGGUCGCAUUGAAGCAAUGCGAGAAGCCGAACAGUAUAUCGCUAAUUUUUCUGGAGAAAAAUACGAGUAUGUAGAACAAAAAAGCAUCGGGCAUGUCAAGAAACGAUAUCAUCAGCAAAGCGAAGAUGGCGUAAUUGCCGACCAUCGAUUUUUACUAUCAUGUUAUCCCACUCCAAUGUUCGCAUGA